UCCUGCCUUCGCCUCUAUUCCUCCGGCGCGAGCUCGAGAGAGCAGUAGUAGAAGAAGGGCGUGGAGAGAGAUCGUAGCCGUUGGCACCGGGCCGUCGCGUUCGCCAUGUCGCUGGUCGCGAACGAGGAUUUCCAGCACAUUCUCCGUGUGCUCAACACCAACGUCGAUGGGAAGCAGAAGAUCAUGUUUGCCCUUACCUCCAUCAAGGGUAUCGGCCGCCGGUUCGCCAACAUCGUGUGCAAGAAGGCCGACGUGGACAUGAACAAAAGGGCUGGAGAGCUCUCAGCUGCCGAGCUUGAGAACCUUAUGACUGUUGUAGCCAAUCCACGCCAGUUCAAGAUCCCGGAUUGGUUUCUGAACAGGAAGAAAGACUACAAGGAUGGUCGGUAUUCCCAGAUUGUUUCAAAUUCUCUGGACAUGAAGCUUAGGGAUGAUCUGGAGCGUCUCAAGAAAAUAAGGAACCACCGGGGUCUUCGUCACUUCUGGGGUCUUCGAGUUCGAGGGCAGCACACAAAAACUACUGGCAGGAGAGGAAAGACCGUCGGUGUCUCGAAAAAGCGAUGAGUGAUGAACUAAGAGACCUUGGAUGCCUCAAAAAACUCGGCAUCCAAGGGCUUAGACUUCUGUUUCUGCCGCCGCUGUUUGUGUUAGUUUCGAUUUGGAUUUCCAACGGUUGAUAUCUGCAUUAGUGAUUCCAUUCCGUGUUACACACUAGGCUGGUGUGAUGGAUAAUUUUGGAUGUUCCUUAGGCUACACAUUUGUCAAUUUGCUGCAUUCUAAUGCUAUUUAAGACCAAUGUUGGAAGCUUUUGUGA